CUAGAACAAUCUGCCGGAAGCUCCAAGUCUCAGCUUUUUCCGUCCAGCGCAAAGUCCCCUGCGGGCAGCAAGCGAAGAUGUCGUCGCUGCGGGCCCCGGAGGACGGGCAGGGCGACGGCGAUCCCGCUGGGGACCUUCGCAGCGUCCUGGUCACCAGCGUGCUCAACCUCGAGCCACUGGACGAGGAUCUCUUCAGAGGAAGGCAUUACUGGGUGCCCACAACCCAGCGGCUGUUUGGGGGUCAGAUCGUGGGCCAGGCUCUGGUGGCUGCAGCCAAGUCUGUGAGUGAAGACGUCCACGUGCACUCCUUGCACUGCUACUUUGUACGGGCAGGCGAUCCAAAGGUGCCUGUGUUGUACCAGGUGGAGCGAACGCGAACAGGGGCGAGCUUCUCGGUGCGCUCUGUGAAGGCUGUGCAACAUGGCAAGCCCAUCUUCAUCUUCCAGGCCUCCUUCCAGCAGACACAGCCCAGCCCCGUGCAGCACCAGUUCUCCAUGCCCACAGUGCCCCUGCCAGAAGAGCUGCUUGACCGCGAGGCCCUCAUUGACCAGUAUUUAAGGAACCCUGAACUCCAAGAGAAGUACCGUGUGGGGCUGAACCGAAUUGCUGCCCAGGAGGUACCCAUUGAGAUCAAGAUGGUAAACCCACCCACCCUGAGCCAGCUGCAGAACAUGGAGCCCAAACAGAUGUUCUGGGUGCGAGCCCGGGGCUAUAUUGGGGAGGGCGACAUCAAGAUGCAUUGCUGCGUGGCUGCCUACAUCUCGGACUAUGCCUUCCUGGGCAUAGCACUGCUGCCCCAUCAGUGGCAGCACCAGGUGCGCUUCAUGGUCUCCCUGGACCAUUCCAUGUGGUUCCAUGCCCCUUUCCGAGCCGACCACUGGAUGCUGUAUGAGUGCGAGAGCCCCUGGGCUGGUGGCUGCCGGGGGCUGGUCCACGGGCGGCUGUGGCGUCAGGACGGGGUCCUGGCCGUGACCUGUGCUCAGGAGGGCGUGAUCCGAGUGAAGCCCCAGGCCUCAAACAACAAGCUGUAGCCAGAGGUACGAGCUUGGCCUGGGACUUCAGGGAUCCCCCUUCCUCCCCCAACUCCUGAGGCAGGAGUUAUAAUCAAGGCUGGGCCUUCUGUUCCUCAUAUCCAAUAAAGAGACUGAUAGCGCUGGA